AUGGCCAAGCAAAAAACCCAGCUGUUCGCCUUCCGCUACGAUGACACGGACACGAUCAUGAACGAGCUCGACGAGUUCUACCCAUACAUCGAGAUUGGACACGUUGCGCAGAACGCAUCGCGCUUUGCGGGCUCGUUUGACGGCGAAUGGACGUCGGCGAGCUUGGCCAAGCGCCGCGCAUAUGUCGAGACGCAGCUCGAGUACAUCGAGAGUCCUGUGAACGAGACGCGACGUGCCGCGCAGGGCAGGUUGCUCUAUCUUCUCCAAGGCUCCUUUGCCGAGACCACGUCUCCUGAAAUGCAGCUGCACUGGAUUAUUGAGAAUGCCAAGCUGAUGCGCAGCGUCGACGGCGUGUCGACGCUCGUGUAUGGGCUGCGCGAUGCAGCAAGGCGAUACGAUGCCGCCGAUGUGCCCGACAAGCAGCCUGCCAUGCGCGAGCGCUCGGGCUCGUCCAACCUCGUCCCCGUCGACCCGUACGAUGUCCAGUCUGCCGAACUCAUGGACGUGCUGGCCAUGCUCUACUUUAUGGUCGAGGUGUUCAAGGACGACGAGACGUUUGGUGACGAGCUCAUGGCCAUGGAUCCGCCUCUCCCCCUCAUGCUCGUCGGCAUGGUCGCCGGUCUAAAGGACCGUAUGGUGCCAAAGGGAUACCCGGUGAAAAAGGUGUUGCUCCUCCUAUGGAAGACUCUCCUCGCCUGUCUGGGUGGAAUGCGUGAGGCUGCUAAAGCCAAGGCUCUGUCUCGCGAGCUGACCGGCUUGGGACCGGAGAAGAAGGACUUCACAAAGGCCUCUCCCAUGGAUAUUGCCACCUGGCGUCGUGACACAUCGACCAAGUACCCCACGUUUGCCCCACCCCCAUCCGUCGCCGACGGCGUGCCCAUUGCGACCGAGACACUUGCUGAGAGUAUCCGCCCACUUCCCGCGAGGCCAAACUACCACUCGACUGAGAUACCCGAGAGCUCGUCGUCGUCGCUUGGUAUGGGCUCCAUGCCCCAGCCUGGUACACCCGCGCCGACACCUCCUCAGUCGCCUCAGCAAAAGCCCAAGAAGCUCCAGUUUCAGACCGACCCCACUCGCCCUUUCGUCUUCCCCUACUCGCAAACCACUCAGGGGCCUCCGGCAUCGCUUGUCCCAUACGCUAUUGCCGAGGCAGACAAGCUGUACCACUCGCACGUCUUUGUCUCGCUGGGUCUGUACCAGCUGUGGCAGGCACGUGAGGACUGCAUGCGCGAAGAGCGUGGACUGGGCCAGUCAGGCCUCAUUGGAUUCUCCAAUCUGCAUCUUGACGACGAUGAGGACGAGGCCGCCGAGGAGGCGCUCCGUCGAGACUGGCAAUACGAGGAUGAGGAGCGACUUGCGCACGAGAAGGGCGACAAGGAGGGUGUCAAGCUCGCCCAUGAGAAGCGUGCUGCCGCUCGGAGACUCUAUCGCGUCGAGGUCAUUUAUAACACGGUCAUCGUCCUGCUCAAGCUCCUCUUGGCGACUGUCACGGGCACUGCAAACCAGGCCCACUUGGCCCAGCCUUUGGGUUCGCCAACGCAGGAUAUGCCUCCUAUCCAGGACAACCCCCCGCCGACCAAGGAGGAGAUUGACAUUGCUCGCCACCGUGAGAUUACGUCCAAGGCCGUGUCAGCCAUCAUUCUGCUCCUCCUCAAGUGGUUCAAGGCGUCUCACGUUCUAAAAUUCCACCACCUCACGUCCCUGCUGUUGGAUUCCAACUGUCUUGUGCUUGUGCUCAAGAUCUUUGGCCUCCAGGAGAUCUCGGCCAUGGUGCAGACCAAGAACGAGAUGCCCGACUGCAGCUUCUUCCGCUACAUCCACCUCCAUGCCAGCAAGGGCGGACCCCGUCCCGAGGAUGAGAUGCUGAAUAACAACCAGCCACAGCAGCCAACGAUGGGCAAAGAGGAUGGCGAAGAGGUCGAGCUGAUCAACGAAUACUCGUGGCGCAACUUCUUCUCAGCCAUCAACCUGGUCAAGAUCCUCCAAAAGAUCACAAAGCACCGUACCCACCGCAUCCUCCUCAUGUGCCAGUACAAGAGCUCUGCCAUCCUCAAGCGCGUGCUCCGUGUCAACCAGCCGAUGCUUCAGUUGCAGGUGCUCAAGCUCGUCAAGAGCCAGAUGCCGUACUGCGGGCGCAAGUGGCGGUCGACCAACAUGAAGAUCAUUACGAGCAUUUACCUCAACUGCCGUCCUGAAUUGAGAAACGACUGGCUCGUUGGCGUUGAGGCUGACCUCGAGGCCGAGGACGCAAUGGUCGGCAAGCCGCAGGAACUCGCCCUGCGUGCACUUAUCGGUUUCUAUAACAAGCGACACUAUGCCGCACACCUCGUGCCGACGAUGCUGGAAGAGACCCAACAUCGCCGAACUGAAUCAGGCAACGUUGCCGUGUUCGACGAGGGCCCGGCCGGCUUUGCAAACUCGCGCCGCCGUUCACGCAUCUCGUCCAUCUCGUCCGAGUCCGACCUGUUCCCUCUCUCUCGCGCCGAGCAGCUGCCGUACAACCCAGACGGCAUGAUCGAGUUCUGGAUGCACGAGUACGAGGACGUGCUCCGCGAAGUCUUUGGUGACGGCACGCGUCCCGAGCAGGACGAAGACGAAGACUGGGACGGAGACGAGGACGUUCGCCCGAUCACUGCGCCUGGUCCUGCAGAGCGCGACGACGCAGCGUGGACCCGCCUCGGGGAGCUCAUGCGUGCACGUGGCGGCCCCGACGAUGACACUAUCAGCGACAUCAGCGACUCCGAGUCGGUCGUCACUGUAGGUGAGCUCGGCGAGGACUCGCGUCUAGACGCCGAAGAGGAGGGUCGCAGCAUGUUUGCGGCCAUGCGCCAGCGCCGCAAAUCGCAAGGCGAGAACACUUGGGAGCACAUGUCCCCUACCACACUCAAGCUACUGCCGCGUUCACCAUCGGACCGCCGCCGCUCCAGCUCUGGUGGAUCGCCACUUCGCCCUGUCAUGGGUCUUGGGCCCCUGUCCGAGGGCCUCGGUGACGUGUUUGAGGACGACAGCGAGCUCCCCGGACCCAUGCCUAUCAACCCUGAGACGAGGGACGAGAUGGAACGGGACUAUGGCGCCGUGGACGAAGUGGAGUAUGCUUAUGGCGAAUGA